AAUUGGCCUUGGUUAAUGCAAGGAAAAGGGAAAGAAGCACAAAUAUUAUAACGUGAGCCUUUUGAGCCUUGAGUCAUGGAUCCAGCCCAAGAGCUAUCUCUUGUCAAUAGGCAAUUUAAAGCUUGUGAAUUAUUGAGGUUCAUUGAUGUUGAAUUCGAAAGGGAUAAGCUUUCCGGGAUCAAAAGAUCAUUAGCCUAAUUUAUCAAAAUUCAUCUUGAAAGAAUCCCUGAAUUGCAUAAGCUUUUCCAAGAAAACAAGAUUUCACAUGCCUUUCCUCUGCAAACAAGGUUGAAAAAUCGACAGCAAGAAAUGUGACAAAUCACAGAUUUUAUAUGGUCUUUGUCGUGCUUAUAGUGCAAGAUGUGAUCUUCAUUGGUUUCAUCCACAACACCAUAUGUACAUACUGAUUCCCGAUUUUAAACUUAAAAAAAAAAAGUUUAGUGGAUUCAAACUCAAGUGUCGCUAAGACACGUAGCAAAAACUGGGACACCUUAUUUCACUUGUUGUCGAUUGGAUAAUGGACACUGCAAAAUGCGUGAGUUUUUUUAUAUACUAUUAUUUUCGUAUUGGAUUGUCACUUAAUCGUCAUUUUGGUUACGUUUUAUAAAAUAAUUGCAUUCUGGUCGGUGGAAUACAAGGCACAUAGCAAUCGUCCACGAAUGAAUCUUAAGGAUUCACAACAGAAAAGUUUCUAAUACAGUGUGUUAGUAACUCUUAGUAUUUGGAUUUUGAUUAUUCGUCAGAGCGUCCGCAACAGAGGUACAUGCAGGAUCCUUAGCGUUUAAUCAUAGAUUAGGAGGAUUAUAAUAAUAGUUGUUUGGUUAAUAAGAAUAAGGAUUGAUACGUUAUUAAGGAUUUUUAGGACUUGAUCCUUAGCGUACGUGGCGUGUUUUGAAUGGAUGGAAGAGUUUUCGGUUUGGUUACGCGUAAAACACUGGUCAUUCUCGACCGAAGCAGAAAAAAAAAGAGAAUCCCGACGAAGAAAGGCGAUUGCUCUCUCGACGAAGCGAAGGCGAAUCCCGCGACGACAGACGGCUAUUCCCGCGGCAAACGACGGCGAUUUGUCUCCGUCGACUGAACAAGAUGGCGAAUCCACAUGAACCUCAUUUCUUUAAGCCUCUGUUUCCUGGUUUCCACAGUGGCGUCACAAUACCACUUGCCUUCUUCUCAAAGCACAUAGAAGGGAAGACGAACCAGAAAACAUGGAAACUAAGAUCAGACGCUUCAGAUCAAACUUGGGAAGUGAUACAAGAAGGCAGGACACUCACCGGAGGUUGGAAAGAUUUCACCACAGUACAUGACCUUCAAAUCGGUAACCUUGUCAUCUUCAAACACGAAGGAGACAUGGUGUUUCAUGUCACUCCUUUUGGUCCUACCUGUUGUGAGAUUCAGUAUACACAUCCUCACAUCAUCAAGGAAGAAGCCGACGCGGGUGAUGCUGAUGACAAUGAGAUUAGAGGAACAUGGGCAAUGUCUUCUUUCUCAUUCGACUACUGUUUUUUGGCUGAGGUCACUGCUUCAAAUCUAAAAGCAGACAAACUUUAUCUUCCUACUAGUGCUUUGAACAAACAAUGCCAAGAGAUGAUACUAGUGAACAAAGAGGAAAAUUCAUGGACAGCGAGUUUGCGAUUUAGCGAACCAGGCGGCAUGUAUUACAUCACAAGAGGCUGGGAAAAGUUUUGUCGUGAUAACAUAUGCGACAUAGGAGACUUAUUUGUGUUCAAUCUGGUUGGAGAUGGGAAAUCUACUCCAUUGUUGUGUGUAUGUCCGGAAAGUAAAGAGUGUUCUGAACUACUGAGCAAACACUUGAGCAGAAAGCGUGGUGAGUCUUCUCCAUUGCCUUGCUUGAGACGUCUUUAACAUGCGUGUUCUUUCUUUGCUUCUGGUUUAACUUGCUUGUUUGGUUUUGUUCUGCAGGUGACAUUGCUUCUGGCUCACGGGUGAAUUAGGAGAAUAGUCAAGUAGUAUUCCGUCUCUUUAGCUUGCGUCUCUUUAGCUAUGUAUCUCGGACUUGUUUAGAGCUUAUAUCCUCUUGUUUUCCUUGCUACAAUUUACUUGUAUGAUCAGUUCAGUUUAGACUCAAGUUCUUGUGUUUCUCGAGUAUCAACUUACUUAUAAGUUUAAAUCUUUUUCUUCUACUCUUGUAAGUUUAAAUAUGUUUAGCUAACUACAAUCUUGCUUCUCUUCAUUCUCUUCUCUUUUAUCUCAUGUUUAGUCAAUCUCAAUCUUCAGUUGACCUUGAUUCACCUGAACCUUUUUGGUUCGGUAGCUAACUACAAUAAUUAGUUUAUCUUUAUAUCUUUAUGUUUAAUUAUACAAAUAAUAAAACCUCAAUUUCAGUUUUAAAAAAAAAUUAAUAAUAUUUUUUUUUAUAAGGACCCAGUUUCGGAAACACCAUUGGACUACCAGUUUUGAUUCGAAUCCUUAACUAUUCAAAAAAAAAAAUUACUAAAAUAUUUCUAAGGAUUCAUUGGUGAGGUUCACCGUUGCAUAUGCUCUUAGUGCGUUAUUGGUUACACUGUAUCGUCGACUUUUCUUUCGCACUUUUGUGCCGUUGCCUAAUUAUAUGCUUCCACGCAACCCCAUCCUCUCCAACUUUUCACCAUAAACAAUCAAAUUAUUUGCCCCUUAUCUCCUGUGAUUUGAUUGGAUAGUCUCGUAGGAGUGUAAAUACACUUGGAAUCGGUGCGAGUAUAAUGAGGAAAUGUUGUGAUGUAUCCACUCAUCAGUGAGUUAGUUACAAAAUUAUAAUGGGACAGCCGACAGGCUAGCUCAGCACGUAACACGUAUCCAUAACUUUACCUUUAAAAGCCAUCUCCCUUUUUAUGUUCUCACCAGCCAAACUUAUUUUUGUAUAUAGAACUCGAUCGUACCAUAUUGUGAUGGCCUAUUAAUAUAUGCUGUGGUAAAUUAUUGAGUACUAAUGAAAGCUUUGACUAUACAGUGAUUUUGUGUUAUUGAAUGAACCGGUGGAAGCAGUAGGGUUUACACUACUUGAAUACUGAUCUUAAACUUGUAGACUGACAGUUUAGUCUCAUAUUGAUCUCCUAUAUUCGCAUGUUAUGUUCUAUUUACUAGUAAAAGCUUCAGUUUUUGGAGUUUAAAACACAUUCGUUCCAGUUCUAUUGAAUUCUUAAUUAACAAAACAUACAGUAUAUUCAAUUUUUAAGACUUAAGUCUCCUUAUUCAUCUUCUACCUUUUUAAAUAGUAUAAUUCAUCUUCUACCUUUGCAUGUUCUAGUCACUCAUAAAUGUCUUCUAUUACUUUAGUUAAAUGAUUUGAGUGAUUGCAUAUGCAAUCGAAUUCAACUUUUCCUUUAUUUUGGAACUUUUAUAAUUCAGAAGUAUAACGUUACACGCAAGUACGCAACGAUGGCAUUCCACGAGAUCGCGCGAAGAAGUGGUCAUACUGUGAACGUAAAAGCUUAUAUUAGACUAAGGUAAAGAAGAAAAAUCCAUAAUUUAGCCUAGGGAGAUGUCAUUUGAUAUGUCACAUAUGUAUGAUUGUAUCACUUCAUGAAUAUUAUAUGUUGGUUGCAAACUUGCAUGCAUAAGCAAACGAUAUUCUGGUACAAGUCAAAAUACGUUUCAUUUUUAAUUUUGAUAUUAUAUAAUAUCAGUUAUGUUAUGCAUCACAUGAUGACCUUGUUCACAUUCAGUGAAUCACUGUAAGAGAUCAUGACUGUUUAUCUAAGAAAUAUGCAAAAUAAAUUAGUGACCAGAUGACGACUUCCGAAAUAGCGGAGGGUAUGCAAAUCAUAGGGAUAAUUAUAAUUAGCAUGUAUUUGAAAAUCAAAAUCGGCUUAUAGGAUUUAUCAACAUAGACCGUAUUUCAGACCAUCCAUGACAAAGGACAAAAAAA